AUGGCUCAAGAAGUGACUCUGAUUCUGGGCUACGGGCCCAGAGUUGGAACCGACGUUGCUGAAGCGUUUGCAGCACAAGGCUACAAAGUGGCGGUAGUCUCACGAUCGAAAAAAGAGGUGAAGCCGGAGUAUCUCCAGUUGCAGGCAGACUUUUCGGAUCCUUCCUCAAUUGAAGGAGUAUUCACCAAAGUCAUAAGCGAACUUGGCCACCCGAGCGUGGUAGUCUACAAUGCAUCUUCAUUUAGUCUGAAUCCUGCAAGCUCAUUGGAGCAACAAAUUGCAGCCUUCCAUAGUGAUGACAAUAUCAACAUUGUGUCUGCAUAUGUCGCGGCACAUUUGGCUACAAAGUCGUUUGCUACUCUUCCACCAGAGUCAUCUCGAACUUUCAUCUAUACAGGCAACAAACUCCCGUUCAUGGUUGUGCGACCCCUACUAUCCCAAGGAGUUGGGAAAGCUGGGGCAGCACAUUUGAUGCAUUAUUUGGCAGAAGAUAAUAAAGAAUUUGGUUACAAAUUUUACUUCGCUGAUGAGCGGAAACUUGACGGAGAUCCAGUGUAUGGUGCCAUUGAUGGCCCGGCUCAUGCCGCCUUCUAUACCGAGCUGGCAAAGAAAAAGACCCAAGGGCCGUGGAACGCAACAUUUGUCAAAGGAAGAGGAUAUGUUGCUUUCUCUGAAGAAAUUGUACAUGAUAGUGUUACUAUGCAGCUGGGUGUCCCAAGCCAAGAUUGA